AUGCAGUUAUCUGGCAUAGUGUCGGAAUCGGAGUCUCGGUUACGCAUUCAACGUCAAAAUGCGAAACGUGAACGAACACGAUUCUAUCGACGCAAGAAAAGCAUCUUCAAGAGUGGGUAUGACCUGCACAAGCAGUGUCAUGCUGAAGUCUACAUUCUGAUCCGGAGGAGUGGACGGUCAUAUAUUCUGAGCUGUGCAGAAAACGACAAAUCACCCUUUUCGGACCAAGCUCUGGUAUUUGACCCCCGCCUCCUAUCUGUGAUCCACAUAAGAGUAUUGACAUUAGUGCAGAAUCAAUGUUAUCCGGUACCCCAGUGGUCCUACCCGGAAGACUUUCGAACGCCACAAAUGGAGAGAGCUCAAGAAGAUGCAUCUUGUAACAAAGAGGAGUGA